AUGGCCUCUCAGACGACGCGGCAUACGCCCGCCGCGCUCGUCCAGCCGCACUUCUCCCCGCCUGUUCACUUGUUCGCAACUCCCGACCUGCAGGCUUCCCUCGAGCGGAACAGGGUCCCGUCACUCGCAGCCUUCCUCGAACCGUUCCUGGGCAACGGUCUCGAGCGAGUACAGGUCCGCAAACCGUCGAACUACGACCAACAUACCCUCGACCGCCUCGGGACACACCUCGUCAACCGCCCUCUCCCGCCCAGCUUCCUUGCAGCGAGUCAGGGAACGCCAGCAGUCGGCUCAUCGAGGGCGAGGAGCGGUUCCGUCUUCUCACCCGCCGUCCAAGCGAGUCUCGCAACGCCCUCGACACCCUUCGUCUACCCGUCGCAGGCAGAGCGGGAUGCCCUCUUUCUCGAUUCUUUGGGCGAGAACGUUGCGAGGAAGGUCGACGCGUGGGUCGGCGAGCCGGGCAGGCGAGAAUUGCGGGUCAAGGCGGGCGUGCGGAUACCCAGGUCUUUCGCAGAUGUGGAAGAAGGCGCGGAUCCUGUACCGAAAGAGGCCAACGAUGAGGGCUGGGAAGGAAAGACGGCGGAGGAGCUUUGCCCGUGGUUCGAAGAGGUGAAGCGGGAAGUCUAUCGCCGGCGCGAGAUGGCCGAAUGGGAGACUUUUGGCUGGCCCGUAGCUUGCAUACUCGCCCUCUCGACCUCACACCCAGACCCACUGAACGCCCUCUCCUCCCUCUGGGACCUGACUUCCCCCGCCUCGCUCUUCUCCCCCUCGUCUUACGCGCCUCGAUCAGGCGCCGAAGAAGACGGAAGACACGAGUGGGCGAAUGCGGGAGACGUCUUGCGGUUCGUCGUGUUGGUGCACGAUCAAGGUCGUGGCGGAGGGAAGGAGGAAUGGGAUGACGCGCAACGACUGCACGAAACGAUUCGCAAGACCUACGGCCUCCAUACUGCCCUCGUCCCGCUCUUCUCCGCCUCGCCCGGCGCGCAGAACCCGCAUCCUCCUGCAGCAGCAGCAAGCGCAAUGUGGGACUUCCUCGGGCCUGUCGGCGGCGCACCACGACAGGCGGAAAAGAUUGUCGGGCUCGGAGUGGACGAAGGAUUCGACGUCGAGCCGACAGCACCACCUCCUGCAUCCGACUCGCUUCCUCGCGCAUCCGAACUCUCCGACCUCGACAUCUCAGCUCUCACUUCUUUCUCGCGCGAGUUUCUCCUCCAAUCCCUCGUCCCGCACCUCGAACGCCUCGCCGUGGUUGGUCACGAGUCUUGGCAGCAGAGCCGGAGAGGGUUCUUCAGUGCUGCGGCCGCAAUCGGGGGAGGAAAGCUGUGGGGUGCGGUGGGAAGGCGGUUAGGAGGGGGAAGUGGAGAGGCGAGUCGGGCGGGAAGUCCGGGUCCUGGAGGAACGGCCGGGAAGGAUGGGUACAACGCUGCGAGGGCAUACUAUCAUCAUUCAUCGACAAUCUCACAAUCCCGCCGUCUCGCCGACCUCGCUUUCAUCCUCGAAGACUACAAGCUCGCGCAGCAAGUGUACGAGUCACUCGCGAAAGACUACCGACAAGACAAGGCGUGGCGACACUACUCGGCUGCGAUGCGUAUGGCCGGCUUGUGUCAGCUCCUCCAGCUCUCCCCUCCUAAUUCGCCAUCCGCUCCUCCGCCCGCUCUCCCAUCCGGCUUCAACCCCGACCACAACCUGAUACUCGCCCUGCAAACUCCCCUCGCCGCUUCGACACCCGCAGUCGGCGACUUCGAUUCCCUCCGCUCCACGCUCCUCUACUACGACCUCUACCGCCUUCUCAACCUUACACACUUCGCUCCGCAUGCGCUCGUCCGAACGGCGGGAGAAGUCGAAGAGGUUGUCAGCGCGGUCUUGCUCGAACAGGCGGCGCUGGCGGAAGUGAUGGGCGGCGGAAGGAGGCGGCGAAGGAAGCAUGCCUUCUGCAUGGCUAUGGCCGCCGCCCGCUACGAGAAGUGCGGUAUCAAAUCCCUCUCACGACGCUGCCUCUCGCAAGCCUCUACCGUCUUCCGGCCACCGGCCUUCUACCCCGAAGCGACAAAGUCCGACUCGACUCCUCCGCCACCAACGCUCACCUCGCUCCUUCCGCCCCUUCUCCCUUCGCCAUCCUCUUCUCCCGCACCAUGGCUCGCCAUCCGCACGCACAUCCAUCACUCGCUCGCUCGACAGGCCUACACCGUCGGCUCCGCCCUCGAAGCGAUUGACAAUUUCCUCCAGUUGCUCGUCGGUGCCGACUCUCCCUCAACAGCCGUGGGCGAUGCGGGCGGCGAUGGUAUCGACUGGCUCGACGACUUUGCGCUUGCGUUCUCGCUCCUCGGUGAGCCCGAGGAGGCCGCACGGCGAGUCAAGGAGCGGGGGAUCACGUUGCCGGUCAAGCUCUUCGAUGCGCAGGAGGCGAGGGUCAAGGUUGGGAGUGUCAGUGCGGCGGGUGCGAGUGCAAGCGGAGGUGCCAGCGCGGCGGAAGAUGAGGAGGUCUGGAAGGCCAUGACGGACGAGAUGCUGCGGCUGGGCGGGUGGGCGCCAGACGAGGGAGUGAAGAAGGCCCGGCCUCGCGCGCUCGUCUACCGCGGUGAAGGCUUGUCGACGAGUCGGGGUGCAGCAGGCGAGGUUGAGGCGGUCGUUGGCGAGACGAUCUACCUCGAGGUGCCGGUUCGCAAUCCGGUCGAGGCGUUCUUGGCGAUUGGUGGAUUGGAGGUUGAGGUCGAAGGAGACGCGCAAGUUGAGGUCAUGGCGCCGCAGGAGAUCGAGUUGGCUCCGUUGGAGGAGAGCAAGGUCUUCGUUCCUGUCAAGGUGACAAGUCUGGGAUCCUUCACCUUCCGCUCCCUUUCCUACCGCUUCAGCAACCUCCUGCCCGUCACCGAAACCCUGCUUGCGCGGUACUCGAAGCCUUCGCCUCCUGCGCCAAACAAGCCGUCCUCGCGAACGCAGAUACCGCUCAAGGUGCACGUCCGCGCGCCUGUACCCGUCCUGUCGGUCGAGAUGGACGCGCUGCCACAAAAGCUCUUUCAUGGCGAGAUGCGAGACGCGCAGAUCAAGGUCGUCAACGCCGGGCAGGUCCCGCUCGCCGACCCCCAUCUCGCCUGUUCGCAUCCCGGCUUUGUCCAUCUCGACUCCGCAGCAUCUCCCGCCAUCACCGACAGCCUACUCGCAUGCGACAACUCCCUCUCGCCUCUCCCGCCUUUCUCGCUCUUGCCGAACAGCCGCACCCUCGCGCCGGGCGAGUCGCUCUCCAUCUCGCUCAGGUAUCGCGGCGAUCUUCCCGGAGCACACGCAAUCCGCUGGCUCUUCGCCUUCCGCUCGAGCGAGCAAGAUGCCGACGAGUACUUCAGUACGCGGGUCGUGCGCGAGCUGGAGGUCUACCCGAGUCUCGAGUUGCGAUAUCAAGUCCGGUCUAAUGCGAAGGAGAAGGACGCACCAUUCGUACUGGGCAUCGAGGCUUCCAACUGCGGUCUGCCUGCCGACGACGUCCGGCUCGACUCGCUCUCGCUCAUUUCGCCUCUGUGGCGGGUUGCUGCGGAUACGCCCUUUGGUUCUCAGGAAGACCUUGCCAGCCAGACGAUAGGUUGGCAGCAGUCUACGCGCUUCUCGCUCGAUGUCGAUGCCGUCAACAACCAGCAGCGAGAUGCGGCCGAGCAAGUCGACAAUUGGACAGUCGGACAAAUCGAGGCGCUGCUAGACGGACGCGAGCUCAAGGCGGAACGACCAGCAGCGAUAUCACUCGUUGUGUCCGGCUUCUCCAACUCCGCCAUGUCUGCUCCCACCUCUACCUCGGUCCUCUCCUCAUUUGCGCAGUACCGAAGAGCGUUCCUCGUUCCUCGCUUUCCGACUGUCGAUCCCGCCUCCCACCCAAACAUCUUCCCGCUCUUCUCUUCGCAAUCCGCUCUCCUCGUCGUCUCCUAUACGUCGGCCAGCCUGUCGGUCGGCCCGCAGACGGCGCAUCUCGCGCUGCCGCUCGAGGCGCCGUUGCUCGGUACGACUGUCGGCUCCGCUUCGACCGCUCGCCUCCUCGCCAAUCUCGAGGCGGCGGAGCGAAUCGCAGGCGGGCUGUACGAGGAAAGUCAGCGGGAACGGAGUGCACUGUUGUCCUCGCUGCGGCGAAGCGAGCUGGCGGGCGCAUCUGGUGGAGCGCCGAUCGCGGUCGCAGUGCACGCGCGAGCGAUUGUUGACCACGAUUUCGAUCAAGGGCCGCUCAGCCUGCCCAUCACGGUGGUGCUGCGGAACCUGUCGCCCUUUGCGUCCUUCGACUACACUCUCCAGCUCUCCAGCGGCGCACACGCGGUCAUUGCCGGUGCUCUCGUUCACUCAGGCAGUAUCGGGCCCUUGCAGGCGCGAGCUAUCCAAUCGCAGCUGUGGCUGACGCACGAAGGCGUUCUUUCGGCCGCCGCCUAUCGACUGUCGGUACGACUGGACGGCGAUGCAGACGUGCGGUGGAUGGUCGAGGGACCAGCGCGGGAGAUCACGGUGCGGCACACGGGGCGAGCUGGUCUCGUCGACGGGUCAUUGGCAACGGCGCAGCGACCUCUCGUAGACGUGCGGUGA